AUGCAGCGGUCUUUAGAACAAGCUUUGGAUCUUGUGGACUGUGUCACUGCAAGUGCCCAGCAGAGUCCUCCUGAAAGGAAAGGCUCCCCGAGUGGGGAAGCGUCUCUGUUUGAGAAACUGUAUGACCUCUAUGUGGAAGAAUGCGGGAAAGAGCCUGAGACUGCGGAGGAAUUAAGCAGCAGCGUGAACUUGUUGGAGAAGCUCGUCAGGAAAGAGUCCUUGCCGUGCUUAGCGGUCACCCUAUACCCCGGAAAGGAGGGAUAUUCCGUGAUGCUUGAGGGCGGAAAGGGAUCCUAUUCGGAGACAGUUCGACUGCCUUAUGAAGAAGGGGAGUUGCUUCAGUACUUGGACGCUGAAGAACUGCCUCCUGCCCUGGUGGACGUCCUGGAAAAGUGUCAGGUUAACUUUUUUCACUCUGGAUGUGUCAUAGCCCAAGUGCGGGACUACAGGCAGUGCAGUCGGGAGCCUCCAGGCUACCAGAGCAGACAUAUUCUCCUGCGCCCAACGAUGCAGACGUUAGCCUGCGACGUGCAGUCCAUGACCAGCGAUGACCAGACGUGGACCCAGGAAGACAGACUUUUGCUUGAGAGCCAGCUGAUGUUAGCUACGGCGGAACCGCUGUGUCUUGAUCCUUCUGUAUCAGUAGCCUGCACUGCAAACCAGCUGCUCUAUAACAAGCAAAAGAUGAACACUCGCCCAAUGAAAAGGAGCUUCCAGAGGUAUUCUGCACCUUCCCUGAACCAGCAGCAGGAGCUGUCCCAUGGUCCACCUCCUCCUGAGCUGAGAGUAUUGUCUUAUAUAGAAAGCAAAGAAAGUAAAACAAGUGAGAAUUGUGACUUCAUAAUUUCUGAAGCAGGGAAUUAUGUAGAUACAUGGAAACAGAGACCCUGUGACUUGGCUGUACCUUCUGAAGUGGACGUGCAGAACUAUGCUAAAUGGGAGAUGUUUGACAACUAUGAUGACUCACAACCAACAUUCUGGCCAACCUACAAGGCAAAAGAUGAUUUUGAAUUUGGAUAUGAAAGUGGCAAUGAGUCUCAGACAACAAAGUGGCCCUUCAUGAACUCACUGAAUGAUCCAUUUAUCUCUGGUAAAAGAAGUGUACGUAAAAAACUUAGACGUGAAAGACAGGCGUCUCCUCAGCACUCCUUCACAAGUGACCAUUCAAAUAGUGUUCUGCCUGGGCCAAAGACAGAUGCUUGGAGGGAAGUCAUUCAGUCAGAGGUCUUGGUCCAGCAGACACCCAAAUGUCCAGUCACCAUGUCACACAGUUCCAGUGGUUCAGUCAGCCUCAGCCAGCUGCCUCCAGGGAAAGAAACAGAACAGCAUGAGAUCGUGUCUGUUCAGUCUUCAGUCCUGGGGAAGGGAGUCAGCCAUCCAUCUGUAUCCAUCAAACUUCCCACAAGCUCAGGAAAGAGUUGGUCAGGUAAGACAUUUAUUCCAUGGCAGGGAAGCAGCUUUCUUAAAUCUGCAUCACCUGUUCUACCUACUAAGCCACCAAGUCUUUCCCAGAAAUCCCCUGUGGAAAAAUCCUCUAUGGACAUGAGUCAAGUUAGUAUACUUCCUAAAGCUACCAUAUCCACUUCCAGCUUACCCCAAAGAAGCCUGGCCCCCCAGGUCAUAGCCACUUUUGCUGGCCCCAACAUCAUCCAAGCAGUGGGCCCUGUUUAUGGAGCCCAGGCUUUGGUGACAGGUUCCAGCUCUGAACAGGGGUCUACUGCUGGGGCCAGAGCACCUACAGAAAUCAAGCCUAGCAACCUCACCUCGGUAUCCUGGCUACCAAAUGCAGUGCCCACUGUACUGCAGUCUCCUUCUCAAGUAGGAGUUCAGGUUUUUUUAAACAAUGCCCCAAGUAUCAGGCCAGUAACUGUGCUCCAGAUUCCACAAAGUUCACUCCUUUCCAACACCCCGCAGCAGCCUCAGCAGUAG